AUGUCAGUGCAAGCCACAGAUCAGACCAGACGCAAACGUGAGGAACUCCGAGAAGAGCAGGCGCCAAUGGAAGCAGGAAAGCAGAAGCAAGACUGCGAUAUUAAGAGAGACGCGCGCGGGAACAAGAGAGGUCGAGAAGAUGGAGGGGUGAGGCAAAGAAGAAAGACAAGUGGGAAGUCCAAGGAAAAGUGCGGGAAGCACGACUAA